AUGACAUUCACAAGCGAUGUAUGCUUUGGAAAUGAUAACGGACUAUUGACUUUACUAAAGGGAUAUUCUGCAUUGAUUCCUCCGCUUUAUCUCAAAUUUCCUGUUCAAUAUUCAUUCACUCAGGUACACACUUUUCUUUUACACCGAGUUCUGUUCGACCAGCACUUGGAGCAGUAUUCACCUUCCGAGAGAUACCAGCAAUCAUUUUGGAAGUGGGCAAUCGGACACCUGGAACGAAUGGACAAAGACUCGGACGAAGAGGACGGCGAAAUCGACACACGAAUUUAUGAGCGUUAUUUGUCCCUUAUAUCGCGUUCGAUCGAUCCUAGUGGUCCCCCACCAGACUCGUAUAUGACAUAUUACUGGAAGCCUUCAAGUUCACUUUGUUCUGCCAAUCGAAACAGUUACGAGACCAUAACGUUACUUGAGUCUCGCACCACCAUCGAGAACGGGACGACAGGGCUUAGGACCUGGUAUGCAAGCUUCGUCCUUGCCAGUUAUCUCAUUGCGAAUGCCGAAACAAUUUGUGAUCAAUCGGUCCUCGAGCUUGGUUGUGGAUCCGGUUUUCUUGGGAUUAUUGUGGCGACAAUACAACAGACAUUUAACAAGCGUCGCCAAUCACAUCAUCAGCCGUUGCCUGCGGUACUACUGACCGAUGUGAAUGCCGGAGUGCUGUCAAGGUGUCGCGACAAUAUUCGACUUCGUUGCAAUCAGUCAUCAAAUCACCCAGAUAUCACCUUCUCCACUCUUGAUUGGUUCGAUGCCCUUUCCCUGCCAUUCAGUGAGAACGCGGUGACAACGUUUUUAUCCAAAGCGGGCGCGGGCAUUGUGAUUGGUGCUGAUAUAGUAUUUGACCCGAUUCUGGUCCCACCUCUGAUUGCAACAUUGCGCCUUGCACUUUCCUUCGAGAGUACUCGAAUGGUAAUGAUGGCGCUAACAGUCAGAAAUGAGCAGACCUUUGCGUAUUUUGUGUCUGAAGCUGUCGCUUAG